AUGUUGUUGGAAGGUAUGACAUCAAGAAUUUCUCAUCUUCAUAGAAGAGAUAGUGAUAUUAGCAGUGACGAAGCUGAUGAACUGGUGCCAAGCAAAAAACAACGAGUUUCCAGUAUUCAUUCUUAUGCAGAUAAAAUAUCAAGUACGAAAUACUUAUGUUCUGUGUGCUCCAAGGUUAUUCGCUGUAGUGUUGGUUCAAAUGAAAAUAUCCGACGACAUUUAGUUAACGUGCAUGGUUUACUUGAACUUAAAUCAAAAAAUGAUGAAAUCGAAUCAAAUAAUCAAUUUGAUGCAUAUCGUAAAGCUAUAUUAGAUGAAGCUGCUAUUAAUUGUAUUAUAGUUGAUAGUAGACCAUUUGGAGACUUCCAUAAGAUGGGUAUGUCUGCACACACAUUUUCUUUUUUCAAUUUUGAAUAUACAAUUAUUGUCGGUUUACAUUCAGGAUAA